UUUCAACAGUUGGAUAGAUUUUUAUCCCAAAGACCUAAUGUGACUCCAGUGGUUUUACUUGACAUCAUGGCUGAGGCUGAUAGUCAAAAAAAUAGUCAGUCGGACAUGUUGAGAGAUGAUGUUGAUGAUGAAAAUGAUGACAUCAUUAAUGAUAUUGUCAGUAAGUAUGGUAGAGGUGAUAAAUCCAUCAAAAAAUGCCAGACAUGUGAUUAUGAAAAAGUUAUAUAGUGAUGGAGCACACACAACAGAGAAUGGAUGUAGGAUGGUAUACUGUGAAGAAGAACCAUUUUCUUGCCCAAAUUGUGACAGUUCAAUUGAAACAGUUAAUGUGGAAGUAAAUCAACAGACUGUAGCUGAGAAUCGAGCUAUUGAAUAUGAUAAAGGGAAUGACAAACCAAAGCCAGACUUAGGAGAAAAGAGUCUUGGAAACACUUACAAACUAGGAAAGAAACAAAAGAAAAAAAGGAGUUCUAUUGAAAAGAGCAUGGAUGCUGUCCUGGAACAAUUCAGGGCAAUGUCAAAUGAUGAUUUUGAAAGGUAUAAAAAGCUUGAAGAAUUUAAAUUGGAAAAAGAGCAGCAAUUUCAAUUAGAGCAAAUGCGACUCGAGAAUGAACGAAGAAACCAGGAAAGAGAGCAUGAGCUAAAGAUCUUCCAAUUGUUAUUUGGGAACCAGGCUACCCAGAACAUCCAAUCUACUGGCAGCUCAUCACGAAUGUUUGCCCAACCAUAUGUAAGUUUUCAACAACAGACAUUUGGAAAUGGCUGCACCAGUAUCCAAACUCCAGGCUGUAGCUUCAGAGACAGCAAUGAUGAUGAAGAAAAACAUAUUUCAGGUUAUGAUUUAAAGUAUUUGAAAAGUAUUUAUUUUUAAGUACUUAUGGUCACUUGAGUCUUUUAGUUCUGUUUUGAAGUUAUAUUUGUGGAACUGUUUAAUACUAUCUGAACAUUAAAUACAAUAUUUGAACACUCAUGAAUCUUAUGUUGUAUGUUGCAAUAAUUAACUUAAUUAAAUGUUUUGAAUAUUUCA